CACAACGCCACCUGGUGGACAAAAGUCGCAAAUCCCGGAGAUGCCGUUGCCUGUGCAGGUCUUCAACUUUCAGGGCCCAGUGGAGCCCAUGCAGAUAGACGCAGACCCCCAAGAGGACCAGCAGAAUGCUCCAGACAUCAACUUCGUAGUGGAGAACCCAACACUGGACCUGGAGCAGUACGCCUCCAGCUACAGCGGCUUCAUGCGCAUCGAGCGGCUGCAGUUCAUCGCGGAGCACUGCCCGCAGCUCCGCGUCGAGGCCCUCAAGAUGGCGCUCUCCUUCGUCCAGAGGACCUUCAACGUGGACUCGUACGAGGAGGUCCACCGCAAGCUGGCCGAGGCCACGAGAGAAGCCCCCGGGGAGGCCGAGGCGGCGGCAGAAGGGGCCGUGGUGCCUCCGCCGCUGGACACGGCCUGGGCCGAAUCCACCCGGAAGAAAGCCUUGCUGAAGCUGGAGAAGCUGGACACCGACCUCAAGAACUACAAGGGCAACUCCAUCAAAGAGAGCAUCAGGAGGGGUCAUGAUGACUUGGGGGAUCACUACCUGGACUGCGGCGACCUAAGCAACGCACUCAAGUGCUACUCCAGAGCCAGAGACUACUGCACCAGCGCCAAGCACGUCAUCAACAUGUGUCUUAACGUCAUCAAGGUCAGUGUUUACCUCCAGAACUGGUCCCACGUGCUGAGCUACGUCAGCAAGGCCGAGUCCACGCCCGAGAUCGCAGAGCAAAGAGGAGAACGAGAUAGUCAAAACCAGGCGGUUCUUGCCAAGUUAAAAUGUGCUGCAGGUCUGGCAGAGCUGGCGUCCCACAAGUACAAGGCCGCGGCCAAGUGCUUCCUCCAGACGUCCUUCGACCACUGCGACUUCCCAGAGCUCUUGUCCCCCAGCAACGUGGCGGUGUAUGGAGGCAUGUGCGCCCUGGCGACGUUCGACCGACAGGAGCUCCAACGCAACGUCAUCUCCAGCAGCUCCUUCAAACUGUUCUUGGAGCUGGAGCCCCAGAUCCGCGACAUCAUCUUCAAGUUUUAUGAAUCAAAGUACGCCUCUUGUCUCAAACUGCUGGAUGAAAUGAAGGACAACCUACUGCUGGACAUCUACCUGGCCCCCCACGUGAGGACGCUGUACACCCAGAUCAGGAACCGAGCCCUGAUACAGUACUUCAGCCCGUACGCGUCUGCGGACAUGACCAAGAUGGCGCAGGCCUUCAACACUUCAGUGGCGGCGCUGGAGGACGAGCUGACUCAGCUCAUCCUCGAGGGCCUCAUCAACGCACGCAUUGACUCCCACAGCAAGAUCCUGUACGCGCGGGACGUGGACCAGAGGAGCACCACGUUUGAGAAGUCACUGAUCAUGGGCAAGGAGUUCCAGAGACGGGCCAAAGCCAUGAUCCUCCGAGCAGCUGUGCUGCGAAACCAGAUCCACGUCAAGUCCCCACCGCGGGAGGGCAGCCAGGGAGAGCUCACGCCCGCCAACAGCCAAACCCGGAUGAGCACAAACAUGUGAAGAGGUCCCGAAGACGGAAGACUUUGUCUAAAUUCAACAAGAGUCACGCCCUCUCUAAUUCGGACGCUGCCAUGGUCGAUGCCCAAAAUGUUACUAUCCCGGUAUUGGAGCUAAUGCAUAACGAAAGGACCAUAAAUUCGUCCGAUAAUAUAGUUGCAUCGGUUUAUCAUGAACUUAUUAUGCAUCAUUGUUAAAAGAAUGUUGUUUGGCAGGUGGUUGGCAGCAGACCCGCUGCUGUUGUAUGUUAAGAGAUGCACUUUAGUUGUGACCUAACAAUACGCAUCACCGUUCGAGACCUCAACAGAAUGAGCUUUUAAAAUAAAUGUCGCAAAACGUUUA